UCUGAGCAAUAGAAUUGUUCUUGUUUUGAAAUUCCCCCAGGGCAGGGAGACACAGCUGUGAGCUGCAUGUUAUUUCCUUACAAGGUGGCCCGGCCCUGAAUGGGUUAAGGCCAGGAAUCUGCCUCUUUCCUUAGUAGGAGGUGUGAUGUCAGGUUUGGGGGAGGAGAGCUUCCUACACCUGUGUCAAUAGGUAACUCACUUGCUCUAUGUGCUGUAGCAGAAACAGGAGGUGGUAGCAACUGCGAAGAGGAGAUUUACAACGGUCUAGGAGAGGCCAAUUCAGAUUCCAUGAAGUGAUUGGAUGUUACCGUUGUUCUCACAUUCCCACUGAUUCAUUGAAAAGAUGUUCAAGCCGAGCGCACCUCCACCACCUUACUAUGACAAUGGCGGGUACCAGGCAGAGCACUGCAAUAACUACCACAACCGGGUUCCCUACAAUGUGUAUGAAACUGUCCCUCCUCCCCCACAAUAUGUGUCGCCGGUGCCGCACUACAUUCCGCAGGUCUCCCCUCAUCAAUCUGUGCCAGCAAACCAGCCUGUGAAAUCUGGGACCUGGUGCUCUGCAAGCAGGAAAACGAUUAUAUGUAUAGCCACCACCAUCUGUGUUCUGGCAGCGGUGACGAUUAUUGUGGCAGUGCUGUGCUGGUAUUUUGUCAGCGGGCGAUGUGAGAUGACGUGUGGUACGUCGGGAAGCUGUGUGCAGGCCUCCCAGUGGUGCGAUGGCACAAUCAACUGCCCCAACGGAGACGAUGAGGCCUACUGUGUACGACUAUAUGGGCCUAAUUUUAUACUGCAAGCCUAUUCUCCAACCAAGUCCUCAUGGCAAACUGUGUGUUUCGAUGACUGGAACAGCAUUUACGGAAGUAUGACCUGUGAAGCCAUGGGAUACAAGACGUCCAGUUAUAAUAAUUUCGAACUACUAGAUGUCUCAUCCGGCAUGACCGGAUUUUCCAGUGUGAACACCAGUCUCUCAUUUGUCAAGUUGUAUACUAGCCUCAGGAGCAGAGAUUACUGUCCGUCUAGAAAGGUGAUCUCACUCAAAUGCAUAGACUGCGGCAAAUCGUCCAAGAACACGGAAAGCAGAAUUGUAGGUGGGUCCCAAGCUCAGAGCGGAGACUGGCCCUGGCAAGUGAGUCUCCAGAUCAGGCAGAAGCAUGUAUGCGGCGGAUCCAUCAUUACCCCAGACUGGAUACUUACCGCAGCUCACUGUGUGGAGGGAAGCAAUGCGUACGCCGGUCAGUGGAAUGUCAAUGUUGGAUCGAUUGAUAAGGCCAGUGGUUCCAUGUAUUAUGUGGAUAGAGUCAUUUCGCACCCAAACUACGACACGGAGACAAAGAAUAACGAUAUCGCACUUAUGAAGCUAAAACAAAGUAUAAAAUUUAACUCAAGGACCGUAAAGCCUGUGUGCUUGCCCAACGCUGGGAUGACGUGGACAGAAACGCAGUCAUGCUGGAUCUCAGGCUGGGGAUAUACAUAUCAAGGAGGAUCAUCAUCCCCGUACCUGAGGGCAGCUAAUGUCCCUUUGAUCGACUCUGCAACCUGCAAUAAACAGAACGUUUACAACGGGGCCAUCACUUCCACCAUGCUAUGUGCCGGCUUCCUGUCCGGAGGCGUUGAUGCCUGUCAGGGUGACAGUGGAGGCCCACUGGUCACAAAGACAAACUCUUUGUGGUGGCUUGUUGGUGACACGAGCUGGGGAACUGGUUGUGCCAAUAUCAAUAAGCCCGGAGUCUAUGGGAAUGUGACAGUGUUCUUGGAGUGGAUCUAUAAACAGAUGCAGACCUAUAGAUGAUGAAGUAAUCCAGUGUUAUACAAUGAGGACCUGAAACAUUUCCAUUGGAGGAGAACACUGGACCUUUUAUCAGUGACUGUAACUUCUGUAGCGCACUUUACUUACGUUAUACGGGUACUUUAGAAGUAAUCGCUCAUCUGGCCUGAUUUACAGGUUGCAGCUUUUGUAUUUCAUAGGCACAGUCUAACCGCUGAUAUCAGAAUAACGUUGUGUUCUUUUACCACAAGCGGUAAAGCAAUAGGGCCAUCUAGUGGACUGCCUAUAUAUUUUUCUAAAUGAUACUAAGGUUUCUUUUAUCAAUGUCAUUGAUUAUAAGGAUAGUGAUUGGACGAUUAAUCAUCAAUGGUGCCAUCAGUGCUUAGCAUCGAUGGCAUGAAAUUAUUGACGCAAAGCCAUGGAUUUCUUCACCCAAUGGAGGACAUCCCUGCUUGUGCUACACAUGGAUGACUGGCCAAUGUGAAGGAGGUGGGGUUUAGCCAUGCUUAGGAGGGUGAGGCUCAGCUGAUGACCCUCCCUAAUUGAUUAAUUGUAAAUAGUUGUAAAAUACUGUCAAAUUUACUGUUUUUGUUCCAUAUGCCAUUUGUAAAAAAAAAAAGUUUUUACAGUAUGUGUUUUCAUCAUGUGACUUGAAUCAGAAUGUCUGUAUGCAAAAGUUUGACAAUUUACAAGUCUUUGUAUUAACGAAGGACAUAUUUAAAAUUUUUCAUCCAUAUACGCCUUUUGGCCCAGGCCAUUCUGAGGCUUUGCAACUGGCGCUGCCUCCUGGCUUGAGUGCAAAGCUGAGGUGCCGGUACAGUCACUGCCUCGGUGGUUCCUGUCUUUGUCUUGUGGGGUGCUUUGAGGGACUCCUGCCUGUCUGCUCUGUGCCUCCUCUUAUGCUGCAGGUCAGGGAUGAAGGUCAGGGGCUGUCCGUCACUGCUUUGGAUGGCCACUGUAUGUGGCUGAAGAAGGAGUUGUGGCAGAGCGAGGGUCAGUGCUGGAUUAAAACAAGGUGCCCCCACGCAAAGCUAUAUCACCAGCGUUAGGGCACUGUGACAUGUGAACUUGACACGACAGUAUGUUUAACACAUGUGGGACUAUGUACACAUUACACUUUUUAAUAACAUCGCCAACACGCCAUCGACAAUUUUAUUGAUAGGGGUCCCCAUAAGUUCAUUGCCCAGGGGUCCCCACAAACCUUGAUCCAGCCCUGGCUGCCCCGUAGGUUAUGGAGCGUUAUCAUUACCUUGCGCAAUGAAGCACUACUCUCUCCCUUAUCCCUGCACCAAAAUCCUCUAUCACCUCUCGGAUAGCUGAGCUUGGCUCUACACAAAGCAGAGCUUUGUUAUAUGUAAUGACUAACCUACUACAUACGGGCCCUCAUUCAGGGGUGGUCGGUCCUGCGUCCCAUGCCGCAAAAUACAGAUGUUUGUUACUUUGCACAUGCACGGGACUUGGCAACAGACUGUCAGUGAUUGAGAGUCUGAUGACGUUUGGGGUUGGGAGGGGGCAAUUACAUUUUUUGGGGAGGACAGAGGCUAGGAUCUCUGUCAUUGGAUGGAGAUUUCCAGACCUCUUACAAGCAUCUGUUAUGGGUGGCUUGCUCAACCCCUAUGGUGUCGCAGUGAUCCUAGGGCACAGUUCGGAUUACUGCUGCAGCAGAAGGUGUCUGCAUGUAAUAGAUGCUUCCUGCUAUCAUUGCUGCUUCCAAGGAAGUGAGAGCAACGUCAACGAAUGCCCUUAUUUAUCAAUGAGUGAUAAAUUUCACUGUGAGUGAUAAAAUUCACCAGCCAAUCAGCUCCUAGCUUCCAUGUCACAGGCUGGGUUUGAAAAACGACAGGAGCGGAUUGGCUGGUGCAAUUUAUCACUCACAGUGAAAUUUAUCACUCAUUGAUAAAUAAGAGCAUACAUUUAGCCCCACAGCGUCAUAUUGCUCCAAAAGCAGAGCACUGGGGUACAGUGUACAUUACUAUCUAAAGCCCUGCGGUCAAAUGAAUGAAGAUACUGUAGGUAUUUAAAUGUAAUAUUUGGAAAUUUACUAUGGAACGUUUUACGUUUGUGCAAAACUAAAAGCAAUGAAGAGAUGUGGCAGCUGGGAGAUACUGUAUGUAAAUGGUGGUUGCUACAGUGCACUGAAAGAACAGAAUGCCAUUCCGAUCGGGUCAGAUUAUAUCAGAAAUGGCACAGCAAAGUGAUGAGCGUUCCUGGGCGCUGACUGGGAGGUGGCCUGAAGCGAACGCAAAAAAAGUCCAUCUUGGGGGCUUGUUAUGGAAGUGUUGUGGGCGUGUCUCUGCAAACGUGCACAGAUGCUGCCACAGCGGCCAUGUUUAAAUGGAGAAACUAUACCUGUCUGUGUCGAUGGAGCGCCAAUUGUGGUGUGUAUAGAACCGCCGACACUGUUACGCCGCACACAUGAUGCGACGGCCGACAUUGAACCUCCGAUAUAGUCAAUAUAGACCCUGCCUGCACACACUAUUUAUCCUUGUGACGCCGAUCCCGCGGGACCACGCAUCGGCAUCGUAAGGUGUUUCCACGCGGUGCGAUAUGCACUAUGUUUUCUAUAGAUAUGGACUAUAUAGUUCAGUGAUGGCUAACCUUGACACUCCACCUGUUGUUGAACUACACAUCCCAGUAUGCCCAGUUUUAGCAUGGCCAAAUAGCAAAACUGAUGCAGGGCAUGCUGGGAUGUGUAGUUCAACAACAGCUGGAGUGUCAAGGUAAGCCAUCACUGAUAUAGUCCAUAUUGGUAGAAAUAUCGCACCAUGGCCCUCAUUCCGAGUUGUUCGCUCGCUAGCCGCUUAUCGCAGCAGUGCACACGCUAAGCCGCCGCACCCUGGGAGUGUAUCUUAGCUUAGCAGAAUUGCGAACGAAAGAUUAGCAGAAUUGCGAAUAGACAUUUCUUAGCAGUUUCAGAGUAGCUCCAGACUUACUCUUCCAGUGCGAUCAGUUCAGUGCUUGUCGUUCCUGGUUUGACGUCACAAACACACCCAGCGUUCGCCCAGACACUCCCCCGUUUCUCCAGCCACUCCCGCGUUUUUCCCAGAAACGGCAACGUUUUUUCACACACACCCAUAAAACGGCCAGUUUCCGCCCAAAAACACCCACUUCCUGUCAAUCACACUCCGAUCACCAGAGCGACGAAAAAGCCUCGUAAUGCCGUGAGUAAAAUACCAAACUUCUUAGCAAAUUUACUUGACGCAGCCGCAGUGCGAACAUUGCGCAUGCGCAAUUAGCGGAAAAUCGCACCGAUGCGAAGGAAAAUAACGAGCGAACAACUCGGAAUGAGGGCCCAUGUGUAUGCCCCUUUAUUGCGUGCAGGGGCGCUGAAAGUGGGCGUCUCAGUGUUUGCACAUUUAGGCGCACACUAGUACACAAGGGAAAGGCUGAAAGUGGCGUUUACCUAUUAUAACACCCAUAACCCCGGCAACAGACGUUAGAGUGGAUGAAUCAGGGGGGGUGUAGUUAAUAUCCCAACAGUCAGAAUACCGACGCCAGGAUCCCGACUGGUGAGAAUGCCGCCAGCUGCGCCAGGGUUAUUCCCACUCAUGGGUGUCCACGACACCCAUAGAGUGGGAAUAGAAUCUGUGGCAAGCGCAACAAGCUCGCAGCAUGGCGAGCGCAGUAAGCCAGCAAGGGCCUUUCUAGCGCUCGCCCCGCUGCCGGCAUACUGACGGCCAGGAACCCGGUGUCGGUAUUCUGACCUCCGGGAUCCUGGCCGCUGGGAUUCCAUCCCCAAUCCAAAACAGGGAUAUGUCUAAAUUUUAUCGAAAAUGCUGUGAUUACUGUAUAAUGAGCAAACUGGAUCCGGUUCAUUUUAAAACCACCAAUUUUGGGGAGAAAUGUGGUAAAUCUAUUAAUGCAGGAACCUUUUUAAAUGUAAUAAAUAUUUGUCAUUUUUAAAAUGUGUGGAUGUUUAUGGCAAUUUGUGGGAUGAGAUAGGCGGCAUUUCAGCCAGCGGACUGACUGGGUGCUACGAUCUGGGGAGUAUAUCUGCAUACAAAGAAUUUUUCCCAGCGCAAAGAACCAGAAUAUGAAAAAAGAGAUUAUAAAUAAAUAGAAAAAUUAAAAAAAAUCUGUAAACACUUUAUUUCAAAAA